CUUUAGAGGGCGGGACAACCAUCGAGUAGUAAUAGCCGCAGUGGCCGGGGUGCAGUGGGUUUGCCGCUGAAGCCUGUAGACCACCGCUCCUCCCCCGACUCCAGUUCCUCCCCUUUCCACUCCCUGUGCUACCCCCAGCAGAACCACAGGAGGUUCCCGGGACCCGCUGAGAAAGGGGCUCUUUAGGACCCGACGGCGGCGGCGGCGGCGGCAGCAGCUCCCCAAACGUCUCCCGCACACGCUCCCUCUCAGCCGCGUCUCCGCCGCCUGGGAAAGCGGUCCCCAGCCAGCAGCCACCCAGCCCGUCCGCCGGCUCCUCGGUUCCUUUUCCUCCUUCCCUGCCUCCCCCCUGUCUCAUUUGCAGCUAGGAGACAGGACCUCAUGUCCAGUAAUCAAACCCAACACAGGGCCCGGUGAAAAGGUUCCAAUCUAGAAUGUCAUUGGAUCCAUUUUCUUCAAGAACAUUUAACAAAGGUCUUAUUUCUUCGAUUGAGAUUAACUACACUGAAGAAUCCUAUAGCCUCUCUUCCCUUCCCCUCUAAGGUUGUAAUUCAGUGCAGACCACAAGAAAGGUUACAAAAUGUCAUACAGACGAGAACUAGAAAAAUACCGGGAUCUGGAUGAAGAUAAAAUCCUAGGAGCGCUAACAGAAGAUGAGCUCAGGACCCUAGAAAAUGAAUUGGAAGAACUAGACCCUGAUAAUGCACUAUUGCCUGCAGGACUGAGACAGAAGGAUCAGACCACAAAACCACCUACAGGUCCAUUUAAAAGAGAUGACCUUCUGGAUCACUUGGAAAAGCAAGCUAAAGAAUUUAAGGACCGAGAAGAUCUGGUCCCCUACACAGGAGAAAAAAGAGGGAAAGUUUGGGUCCCCAAGCAAAAGCCAAUUGAUCCUGUUCUGGAAAGUGUGACUCUAGAGCCAGAAUUAGAGGAGGCUCUUGCCAAUGCAUCUGAUGCAGAACUGUGUGACAUCGCAGCUAUCCUUGGCAUGCAUACUCUGAUGAGCAACCAACAGUACUACGAGGCUCUUGGAAGCAGCUCCAUAGUAAAUAAGGAAGGCCUAAACAGUGUUAUUAAGCCAACACAAUAUAAACCAGUUCCUGAUGAAGAACCAAAUUCAACAGAUAUAGAGGAAACCCUGGAACGAAUAAAGAAUAAUGAUCCCAAACUCGAAGAAGUCAACCUCAAUAAUAUCCGGAACAUUCCCAUACCGACUCUAAAGGCAUAUGCAGAAGCACUGAAAGAAAAUACAUAUGUGAAGAAAUUCAGUAUCGUAGGAACAAGAAGUAAUGAUCCUGUCGCAUAUGCACUAGCUGAAAUGCUAAAGGUUAAUGCCGUAUUGAAGAGCCUCAAUGUGGAAUCAAACUUCAUUUCUGGAUCUGGUAUCCUGUCCCUGGUAGAAGCCCUUCAGCAUAAUACUUCAUUGAUGGAAUUGAAAAUUGACAACCAGAGCCAGCCCCUGGGAAACAAGGUGGAAAUGGAGAUUGUGAGCAUGUUGGAACAAAAUACAACUCUUUUAAAAUUUGGAUAUCACUUUACACAGCAAGGCCCUCGGCUCCGGGCUUCUAACGCCAUGAUGAAUAAUAAUGACCUUGUGAGGAAGAGGAGGCUGGCUGACUUGACUGGGCCCAUUAUUCCCAAGUGCCGAAGUGGUGUGUAGUCUGUGGAGCUGAAGACUGUGCCUUUAAAUAGGACAUAUUAGAGUUUGUGCUGUAUGGGAGAACCUUAUAGAAAAAAAAAAGAAAACAAAACACCUACACAGUGUAUUUUUUGUGAUUCAGUUCUGUAUUGCAUCUUUAUGCACUAAAUGUUUUUAAGUUAACUAGUGGUCGUAGUUGAAGAUUUUACAAAAUGUGGUUAAUGGGAAGAAGUUUUCUUUAGUCAUAGAAAUUCAAGAUGGUUAUUUUUUAAAAACCUGCUGAUUUCAUGGAAGGAUACAUAAUAGUACCAAAGUAACUUAACCCCACAAUAAUGUCUAUAUCCUUCUCCUGAGUGGUGUUUGGGGAACGUUAGGUUGUGUUAUGCAUGAACAAACAGCAAACUGUCCCACUGGUUUUAGAAGCAUUAUAAAAUACUUUAUUUUAAAACUUGAUCUCAAAUCUUUAGCAAAUAUAAGAGUUUGAUAGACAUUGCUAUGAUUCUUUUUAAUUUUAAGAAUUUAAUUUAAGAAUUUCACUCAACAAGCUGAAGAGCUCAAAAACAUGGAGAGUUUCUGAUUCCUGUAGAAAGGCAGGAGCGAUAAGGCCACAAAUUCUUAACAGUAGUUACGGUUAUUGAAAAACACAAAACAAAACAAAGGUUUUUUGAGUGUCUAGGAGUGAUUAAAAAACACACAAACACACACUAGAUUAUAAGGUUCAGUUUCCAAAUCUGCCCUUUUCUUUCUCAACCCCAUUUCCCCUUUAAUUUUUCUUAAUUAAAAACUUCUAUAUAUUUAGUAAUUAACAUUUUAAGUUAGAAAAUAUUUUUCCCCUUUAUUAAAUGUCAGUUUUAUGAUAGAGGAAAGCCUGUAGACAAAUAAAAUACUAUUUGAAAAUGCCGUUUACAUUAUGUAACACUGAUGAUUAGAUGAAUAAACAAAAAGUGGAAUGACAUGAACAGGAAAACCCAGGGAUAAACAUUAACAAAUUUAAUAUUUGUUGUUAUGGUGGGAAAGCUCAUAGACAAUCCAUCUAGCCUUUCCUUUAUCUAAACAAUGACCACUUGAUCUGAUUCCAGGUAUAAAGUAAAAUUUUUAAGACUGCACCAUCCUUUAGGUCUAGAUAUAUUAAAAAAAUGGAAAAUGGGAAGAAUCUGGCCAAAUCAUAUAAGAUGUGUUGGGAACAACAUUUCUGAAUGUCUGCUGGUUUUGUCACAUUGUGCAUCUCUAGGGAUCAAGCCCAAAAUGGUUCUUAAACCUUCUAGUCCCAUAUGGUAGAAAUAAUGCAAAGCCCAAAAGAUCUUGUGCCUUUGAAUAUACCACGGUGCCAACUAAACUAAUAUUUUUAUUGCCUUUGGAAAGAUUUGCAUUUGUGAUUUAGUAACUUAAGAUAACAGCAUGCCAAAAAAGCUGAAGAGUUUAGAAUGGCUUACAGAAUUCUGAGAAAAGGGAAGGGUUAUUUUUGUUUCAGUGGCUUUUGAAGAAAAAUAUAUAUACACAUAUUUGUAUUAAUUUAUCUAUAGUACAAGGUCACAAUAGAUGGAGCCAGAGUAUUAUUAUUAUGGAAAGAAUGUAUAUUGAGCCCCCAAAUAUGGCCCAGAAAGAGCACCAUCCUGCAGGGAAUCGUUGAAACCGCCAUAAAUCACUGUGAGCUACAAUGUCACAUUAAAUCGGUUGGUCUUGUUAUCAUUGUUUUGCGUGUCAUGGAGGACUCUGUUCACGAAAACAAAAAUCUUGGCAUUUGUCUUUUGGAACAAAAUUUGAGCAAAAGAACCUACAGCCAAAUAGAUACUUCUCAACAAACUUCCUUAAAAUGCAAGUUGCUUUGUUUAUAUCCUCUGCAGACAUACCCCAUUUCUUGAACUGGUGAACAGUUCACGCAAGAUUCUACCACAGGACUAACAUUGUACAGAGGCUAGUUCACAACAUCCGGCACCACUCCCUCCCAAAGUCAUCCAUGUCCCCAUUUGGUUAGGACUCUACACAUCUUUAUAGCUCACAGAAUAACAAAGCCAAAAGGGACUCUCCUCAUUUUACAGAAGAGGAGACCAAGGCCUAGGAAAGAGAAAGAUAAGAUAAAACGACUAAUAAAUUGCAAAACUGAAACUCACUAUAACACACACCUUUUUGGGAGGCAUCAAUUGUAACGUCAGAGGAUUAGCUGCCAUUCAUGUGCUUUCAAAUUUCAUGGA